AUGGCUGCUGAGCCGUACUCGCUCGAGUCCCUGCGUGAAGCAGAGGCAACGUUCCGACGAUGCGAACAGGGUAGAAUCGCACUCCCUGAGGUCAAGCAGAGGACCCCGCAGCGCGACGCACCGUAUCAACAGCACCGUCUCGAUCCAUGGGUCGGCUUUGACAAGUCCAGGACGCUUCCCAUCCCACCAGAUGUGUUUACAGGCAUCAAGAGCGCAAGCCCGACCGCGACGCAGUCUCUGUUCCCAUCCAUACGUAGAGCGUGCAUCACCGUCGACAACAAGGUCUACCUGUGGUCCUACCUCGAAGGCCAAGCUGCUUUCGAGUUCUACUGUGUCCCCGAGGACCAAGUUGUCAUCGCUGCGAGCGUCGUACCAGUCCGAGCCGGCGUCUUCGCCGACAUUGUCACCCAUGUGCUCGUGCUCAGUAUCGGCGCCUCGGUCCGAGAGGGCAAAUACGUCAAGGUCUUGGGCCUGUCCUACACGCAGAACGGCGACCAGUCCAAAGUCGAGGUGCUGGAGGCCGGCAUGAACGCCAACACCAAUGGCGUGGUCCUCGACAACCUCACUGGUACCGACGGCGGCCGCAUCUUUGCGACGGGCUCCGACAACUGCCUCUAUGAACUCGUGUACCAGAGAAAUGAGGGCUGGUUCACAAAUAAGUGCUACUUGCGCAACAUCACCAAUCCUCGCCUUUCCAAUCUCCUUCCCACCUUCGUCAAGGCCGAGAAGAAGCUUCUCAGCAUCACCGUCGACAACGUUCGCCAGCUCGUCUACACCCUUCGACAGGGCGACUUGAUUGAGGUCUUCAGCCUACCAUCCAAGGACUCCUCAUCAGCACCAGAACGACGCGGACAGACCAUCGGCACGUCAGGGCAGCAGGGCACACCACACGCAAGGCACGAUGUUGGCUCGAUCGUCUGGAUUGGUCCCGUGGAACGCGAGGCACGAUACAAUGUCGUUUUACUUGCUGUCACCGAUCGUGGCUACCGCAUCUUCUUGGACAACUUCCAGGGUCGUUCCGAACCCGCCAUCACCGUACGAGCUCCACCGGCACUGCAACAGCCUCCUGGAGUUGCUUCUACUUCUGGCCCCGGCAAUUAUCUGCAACAACAGCAACAACAACAGCAGCAAGUCGCACAGCAGCAGCAAAUCACCCGAGCAGUCUCUUCGGUCUUCUACGCAGGCGAUGUGUUUAUGGUGGGCUUCAACUACAACAGCCUCCCCUGUCAGAUCUGCUGCAUCACUCCUGCGCUCAACGCAAACAGCACCACCACUGGCCCAUCCGAAAAGGCCACCUUCAUCGAUCUCGAACUCGCUUUCAGCACACCUGUCUUUGCCGAGGCGCCUCCCUCCCGUCCUCUGCCACCGAUCACCGAGAACGGCGAGCUGGUGCGCCCAACAUACGCGCAGUGCCUGAGACCACCACGCAGCUUCCUCGUGCUGGACAACAACGGACUCACCGAGCUCGUGGAGCGUCGGCCCGUCGACACGCUGCGAGGCCUGCUCGAAUCGGGUGCUGCCGUCAACAGCGCAGCCAUGAUGCAAUUCUUUGGCUCCUUCGGCUCGAUCGAAGCCUGCGAGACCGCCCUCGCUAUCGCGGCGCACAAUUCGCAGGUAGCGGCUCCCCGCGUCACGAUCGGCUCGUCGGGCGGAGUUCCCGCCGGCCUUGCCCAGACCGUGUCGGAGGAGGCGGUCGCCCUAGCGUCUCGCGUCUUCUUCAGCCAAUAUGGCUCUUGGCCUGCCGACACGACCGUCUCUGCUGCUCUGUCCACACCGAGAACGUCCCGUCACGAUGGCCUUGCCCUUUACAUCGCCUGCAUUCUCAAACGUGUCUGGGAUCGCGGUAUCAUGCCCCCUGAGCCAGCUAAGCCAGGUUCCAAGCCAGCCAUCACCGCCACGUCCAGCACCGCGCUCACCACAUACCGCCCUGCCGGCGCAGCUGCCGCUCCCUCCAGUGGCUCAAAGCUGCCACUUCGCAAAGAAGACCUCGAAGAGACGCUGCAGGACCUGGUCCCGCUCCAGGACUUCAUGCAGAAGAGCGGCAAACUCUUCGGUCUCGGCGGCACCUCUGCUGCCAACCGCAGCUUCAUCAACGGCGUCGGCUACGACCAGGAGCGCGCAGCCAAGCUCGACCAGGAGAGCUUCAGCCGUCUCAAAGCGCUCGUUUCGAGAGCAACGGAAGCGACCAACUUCAUGCUCUUCCUCAUCGAUCACGGUCUCAAGCCCCUGAUCGACGCAUGCUCGGCGGAGGCCAAGGGUGUUCUUGCGAAUCUGCGCUUUGGUCAGCUGAUCACCUCGGACGAAGGCAAACGUGCAUCCAAGGAGCUGGUCACGGCUCUCAUCGAGGCUCGCAUCGGUGCCCAGGUCAGCAUCGACGCUGUAGCCAACCUGCUGCAGGACCGCUGCGGCAGCUUCUGCUCCGCCGACGACGUGCGACAGUACAAAGCAACCGAAUGCAUCCGUCGAGCGAAAGAGACGCGCUCCGAGCAGGACAAGAUGGAAAACCUGCGCAUGAGCCAGAAGCUCCUCGCCAAGGGAGCCAGUCAGCUCUCGGUCGAAAAGCUUCGAGGCAUUUGCGAAGACUAUCGCGCGCUCGGUUACGCUACGGGAGCCAUCGAGUUGGCGCUCCAGUGUGCAGCCGAAUGGGACCCUGCCGGUAUCGCCGCCUCCUACCUCGCCGAAGGCAGUCCUGACGGACCCGAGCAUCGCGCCCGUCGCGAACUCGCCGAUCGCGUCCAACAAGCCUACCAGCUGGUCUUCGAAACCCUCCAGCAACUCGACGAGCGUCUCGAUGCAGCCUACAACCUCGACGCAGACGAAGCGUCCGUCCGUCUUACCAUCAGUACGCGGGACAAAGCGCGAACGGAAGCCUACUCUCGCGCCGAGUCCUCUUCGGACCCUUUCUUCCACGAGUCGCUGUACACGUGGUUGAUCGAGCGACGCAUGACAGAUCAGCUUCUGUCGAUGCGCACGCCCUACCUCGAGGGUUUCCUUCUGAAGCGACCGACGGGUGCGAAGAGUGGGGAUGUGGAGUUCCAACGCACGCUGCGGAAUUUGUUGUGGCAGCUAUACGUGCGACACGGGGAGUACUUUGCAGCUGCGCAGGUGUUGGAUGCGUUGGCGCACUCGAAGGAGUUCCCCAUGGAUCUGCGGGAGAGGAUCGAGUACCUGGCGUUGGCGGUGGGCAAUGCCAAGAGUGUGUCGCCGUCGAUGGCCAAUGAUGUGGUGACGUUUCUUGGGCAGGCGGAGGACUCGUUGGAGGUGGCCCAGAUUCAAGCGAGGAUCUUGCAGUCGCUCCAGCAGCUUAGUCCGGAUGAGAUGGACGAGGAGAGGAGUGGGUUGCUGGGUGACUCGGUGGAGUGGCUGAACGAGGAGCUGCUCGAUUUGAGUAGUCUGUACAAGCACAUUGCGGAGCCGUUUGAGCUGUUGGAGGAGCAGUUGGCGAUGAUUGCUUCGGCGGAAUUGAAUGACGGUGCUGUGGUGGAUCAGAUCUGGACCGCGCUGAUCGGCAAACACGGCAACGGGACGGAGGGGUACAAGGCGAUCUCGACGCUGGUGGUGGAGCUGUUUGCGCGGUUGCGCAGCGACGUGGCGUGUCCGGUGGAUGGCGUGCUGGACCACCUGUUGCGGUAUGCGUUGGAGCGGAAGGAGGUGCCGCAGGGAUGGGCGGGGCAGACGCUGCUCUCAGCUACCGGGACGCCCGAGCUCGUACUGGACAUUCUCGAGGCUGCGCUGGUGACGAGUCCCGCACCGUGGAAUACGGAGGGCGGGCAGGCUUUCCUGCAGGCCGAAAUGGCUGAGUUUGCGAGGACCUGGGUCGAGCUGUCCACCACCUCGGGGGGCAAGCUUGCUGGAUUGGGUGGCGAAGUGGGCCCACUCAGCGGCGUUCAGGUGCAGAGGCUCAACUCGCUGCUCAACGGACUGAUCGGCAAGGCCAGCGGAGGAUCCACAGCAGAGACCGCAAGAUCCGCACUGGAUCUGCUCAAGCUUUACUAUUAG